GGCGUGGAUUGCCUGCGAAUCCUGGGUAUCAAUAAGUAAAACCUGGGUUACAUAUGCUGAGAGAUUGGGCGCCCUCUUCUUACUUCUGGAACAUAGGUUUUACGGACACAGCCAACCAACAGGAGAUCUGAGUACUGCCAGCCUCCACUACCUCAGCAGCAGGCAAGCCUUGGCUGACAUUGCGAACUUCCGAACUGAAAUAGCAAAGAAAAUGGGACUCACCAAAAAUAAUUGGGUUGCAUAUGGCUGUUCAUAUGGUGGCUCCCUUGCAGUGUGGUCGAGAUUAAAACACCCUGACCUGUUUGCUGCAGCAGUGGGCAGCAGUGCACCGAUCAAAGCAAAAGCUAAUUUUUAUGAGUACCUUGAAGUUGUUCAAAGAUCUCUGGCCACUCAUAACAGCAAAUGUUUUCAAACAGUGAAAGAGGCUUUUGAUCAAGUUGUGAAGAUGCUCAGAUUUCCAAAAUACUACAGAAAGCUUGAAAGGGAUUUCACGUUAUGUAAACGUCUUAAACUUUACUCAGCAAUGGACAAAGCCUAUUUUCUAGAACGUCUGAUUUUUCCUGUUGAGCUCGCUGUUCAGCAUAAUAAGAAUGAAAAGAACGAUAAGGGAGAACAGCUUUCAUUCAGCAUGGAUGAACUCUGUGAUGCAAUGGCUAACACCUCACUGGGUUCACCGUACCACAGAUAUGUUAGAAUUAUACUUUUAACGUACAAGGAUAAAUAUUCGCCUUGCUUUGCUGCACAUUACAGAACGAAACUGAAAAUCCUCUUGGACACUUCCAUCAACCACCACGAUCCUAACAUAGACAGGCAAUUCUUCUACCAGUCUUGCACUGAAUUUGGGUUCUUUCAGACCACGGAUUCAAAGAACCAGCCCUUCACUGGGCUGCCUCUCAGUUAUUUUCUUCAACAAUGUUCUGAUUUCUUCGGCCCUAAGUUCAAUAAUGAUUCACUGAACACAGGUGUUAUAUCGACCAAUGCGUACUACGGUGGCUUCAACAUGACGGGAAGCAAAAUCAUCUUUCCCAAUGGUUCCUUUGAUCCUUGGCACCCUCUGGGAAUCACAAAGGAUAUCAGUAAAGAUUUGCCUGCUGUCUUCAUUAAAGGUGCAGUACAUUGUGCAGAUAUGUUUGAACAGAAUGAUACUGAUUCAGCUGAACUAAUUCAAGCACGAGAAAAAAUCUUCCAGCUUCUACAAAAAUGGCUAAAGCAAUAGAUCUCUCUGAGAAAUAAAAGCAACAGAACCUGAAA